GGAGCCCGGAGGUAGGCCGGGCGUGAUGGCCAGGCCCCCGCAGCCCCGGCGUGGCCCUGCGACGCCUGGCGGUGCCCUCCGCGCCCUGCUGCGCUGCAACCUGCCCCCGGGCGCCCAGCGCGUGGUGGUCUCGGCUGUGCUGGCGCUGCUGGUCCUCAUCAACGCCGUGCUGAUAUUCCUGCUGGCCUUUCGCUGAGCUGCACGCGCCCAGCACCGCGGGGGACCGCGCAGGCUCAUUAGUGAUGGCAGUGUGGUAUGUGCUGAAGCCCUUUGGGACCAUGUUACCAUGGAUGAUCAGGAACUGGGCUUCAAAGCCGGCGAUGUCAUCGAAGUGAUGGAUGCCACCAACAGAGAAUGGUGGUGGGGACGUGUCGCAGAUGGCGAGGGGUGGUUCCCUGCCAGCUUUGUACGGUUGCGGGUGAACCAGGAUGAGCCCGCGGAUGACUACGAGGCCCCGCGGGCCGGGGCUGGAGAGACAGAUGACAACGUCCCAGAGGCCCAGAGCUGCAAGGACCAGAUGCGCACCAAUGUCAUCAAUGAGAUCCUCAGCACGGAACGGGACUAUAUCAAGCACCUUCGGGACAUCUGCGAGGGCUAUGUCCGCCAGUGCCGAAAGCGGGAGGACAUGUUCAGUGAAGAGCAGCUGCGCACCAUCUUCGGGAACAUUGAGGACAUCUACCGCUGCCAGAAAGCCUUCGUGAAGGCUCUGGAGCAGAAGUUCAACACAGAGCGGCCACACCUGAGUGAGCUGGGUGCCUGCUUUCUGGAACACCAAGCAGACUUCCAGAUCUAUUCUGAGUACUGCAACAACCACCCCAACGCCUGUGUGGAGCUCUCCCGGCUCACCAAGCUCAGCAAGUAUGUGUACUUCUUCGAGGCCUGCCGGCUGCUGCAAAGAAUGAUUGACAUCUCCCUGGAUGGCUUUCUACUGACCCCUGUGCAGAAGAUCUGCAAGUAUCCCCUCCAGUUGGCGGAGCUGCUCAAGUACACACACCCCCAGCACAGGGACUUUAAGAACGUGGAAGCUGCCUUGCAUGCUAUGAAGAAUGUGGCCCAGCUCAUCAAUGAACGGAAACGGAGACUUGAAAACAUCGACAAGAUUGCUCAGUGGCAGAGCUCCAUAGAGGACUGGGAGGGGGAAGAUCUCCUGGUCAGGAGCUCAGAACUCAUCUACUCGGGGGAGCUGACCCGUGUAACACAGCCUCAAGCCAAGAGUCAGCAGAGAAUGUUUUUUCUCUUUGACCGUCAGCUCAUCUACUGUAAAAAGGACCUGCUCCGCCGGGACGCGUUGUACUACAAGGGCCGGCUGGACAUGGAUGGCCUGGAGGUGGUGGAUGUGGAAGACGGGAAGGACCGUGACCUCCAUGUGAGCGUCAAGAAUGCCUUCCGUCUGUACUGUGGUGCCACGGGCGACAGCCACUUACUGUGUGCCAGGAAACCAGAACAGAAGCAGCGCUGGUUGAAGGCCUUUGCCAGGGAGAGGGAGCAGGUGCGGCUGGACCAGGAGACAGGUUUCUCCAUCACUGAGCUGCAGAGGAAGCAGGCCAUGCUGAACGCCAGCAAGCAGCAGGCCACAGGGAAGCCGAAAGCUAUCGGCAGACCAGGCUACCUGACCCGCCACAAGCAUCCAUCCUUGCCUGCCAGCCGGACCCAGCAACAGGUGUUGGUGCUAGCAGAGCCCAGGCGGAAGCCAUCUCACUUCUGGCACAGCCUCAGCCGACUGGCACCUUUCCGGAAGUGAGCCAGCACCUAUCGGACAAUCUGACAGCACUUGGUGGAGCCAGCCUUCCCUCGAGGCCUACUCCAUCACGCCCUCUGCCUGGUUUGCAAAGAGGAAGUGAACGGGUAAAGCAGCAG